AUGCACCCUCACGAUAAAUUUGUGCAUUGGAGACGCAACGAAAGGCAAAAGGACCGCUUGAAUUAAGUAAAAAGAAAAGUCUUGAAGGUAAUAUUCUGAACACGAAAAGACAAAGAAACGUUGCGAAGAGAAGGAAGAUAGGAUAUUCCAAAACCAUUCAAUUUGAAAGGAAUCAAAAUACAGAUUGACAUGCAGUUAGAACAAAUAACGACAGUAUUUUCCUUGGUGCUGCUACUGUGCGCAGGCUUGGCACGAGCCAUGUCACUGAAGCGAUUCGAAGAUCCAUACAUGAAAAGAAGCAAAGCAGCAUUAAAAGUCUAUAGAGACCUAUUUUUUAAAGAAGUCAUCCCUCCAGCCAGCGUAGAGGUUGGUCCAGGCAGUAGCACUGUGUUGAUGUGUGAGGCCGGCGGCAACCCUCCACCAACGAUACACUGGCUGCGCAAUGGAGAGCGGAUAAAACAGGGAAUACCACACGACUCUGCUGACGAGACAACGACAUACGAGCGUCACAACAGAGGCCCUGUCCAAAUCGGAAACACUAAGUCGGAGCUCGUCAUCGACUGCGCUUCCCGAGCCUCUGAGGGCACGUAUACCUGCGUCGCUGAGACGCCAACUAGAAUUAUUACCACCGAUUCAGAAGUUAUUUUCAAUGAAAAAAUGCCAAGUAAAAUCAGCGGCAAGUGCCUUAGCCGAGCCAAGAAACAAGGCUCACAGGAACCCGCCAGAAUCGUUAUGUGGACAUCCGACCGGGCAGAACUGGCGGGCGCAGACGUCCAGUUGUAUUGCCGAGCCACUGGGGCCCGCCCACUACAUUACACGUGGUUCAAGGAGGACGGGGAAGUUAUUGAGGGCAAAAGAGAUGAAUAUGAGGUGCUACCAAACGGUGAUCUGCUCAUUAGAAAUGUCAAUUUUGAAAACCAUAUGGGCGGAUACAAGUGUGAAGCCAAGAACGCAUUCGGAAAAGACACGACGUCAGGAUUGUUCUAUGUAUUUAGACCAUAGACGCAGUAGAACGCCGUUGUGAAAAUUGUUGCCCCACUUCACUGCUACACCACCACCACCACCACCACCAGACGACAGCCGGCUGUCUACGUCAUGGUUUCUUCACGCACGCGCACUGACGAAGCUAUAGUUGAGUCCAACAAACUGCUUUCAAGGCAGAGAUCCGGUAGCAUAAAAUGGAAAUAGUCAUGUCAAAUUUUGUAUCGAGGGAAGCUUUAUAUUUUCGUUGUAACACUAACUUUCCAUGAUAUGGAGAGCACAGUUGCUGCUGUUGAUAUUAGCUUAUUCAAAAACAUUCGGUUUUAUUUUCCAAAAACAGUCCAAUCGUGUCUGCUAGGGGCGCUGCGUUGUGGUAAAGUUGAUCAAAUAUUAGACAUAAUGAUUAUUUUUGUAACUUGUUAUGUAAAGACGGUUUUUAAAGCAUCCGUCUGUGAGACAUGCUGAUAUAUACCUUUGCAUUUAUUGAUUGUACAGGGCGUCAUGUGGUAACAUUGCCAGUAUACAGGCUACUUAUUUAUUAUUUAUUAAAAAAAUCAUGUCA